GAUCCCGAAGAAAUCUGUCAAACUAGACUAGAAAAGAAAAGGAAUUUUCAAUUUUCUCUUCUUUCAAUUUCUUGAUUUUCUUCCACUCGGACUCCACAGGUCGUGGCAUCGGAGGAACGGAGACGAAACCCUAGUAAAGGAAGGAGAAGGAGAACGUGCAAGGUUUUCUUCCAUGGCGACGAUGGUGAGCUCUGCGAGUGGCCUAUUGGCGAUGCUGAACGAGCAGCAUCCGUUGUUGAAGCUUCACGCGCUCUCCAAUCUCAACACCUUUGUUGAUUACUUCUGGCCCGAGAUUUCAACUAGCGUUCCCGUUAUUGAAAGUUUGUACGAAGAUGAGGAGUUUGACCAGAGGCAGCUUGCUGCAUUGCUUGUGUCGAAGGUUUUCUACUACCUGGGUGAACUUAAUGACUCUCUGUCAUAUGCCCUAGGGGCUGGACCUCUAUUUGAUGUUUCAGAGGAUUCUGAUUAUGUUCACACUCUUCUUGCUAAAGCUAUAGAUGAAUAUGCCAGUCUCAAGUCUAAAGCAGCAGAGUCAAGCGAAGAAGCAGCAAAGGUUGAUUCCAGACUGGAGGCCAUUGUGGAGAGGAUGCUUGAUAAGUGCAUCAUGGAUGGAAAAUUUCAGCAAGCUAUGGGAAUAGCAAUUGAGUGCCGAAGAUUGGAUAAACUUGAAGAAGCAAUUAUGAAGAGUGAUAAUGUUCAGGGAACUCUUUCCUACUGCAUUAAUAUCUCCCAUUCCUUUGUUAAUCUUAGAGAAUAUCGUCGUGAGGUUCUUCGUCUACUUAUAAAGAUAUAUCAAAAGUUGCCUUCUCCAGAUUACUUGAGCAUUUGCCAGUGCCUCAUGUUCUUGGAUGAACGUGAAGGUGUUGCAAGCAUAUUGGAGAARCUUCUGCGAUCUGGAAAUAAUGAUGAAGCUUUGCUGGCCUUUCAGAUUGCAUUUGAUCUUGUAGAGAAUGAGCACCAAGCAUUUCUCUUAAAUGUGAGAGGUCGCCUCUCUGUUCCAAAAUCUCGACCUUCAGAAGCAGUGCAACAUGAAUCCAGUGUAACAGAUUCUGGUCAAAAUGGAAAUCCUGUUACUGGCAAUGAAAAUAUUACUACCCCAUCAGAGGAUGUCCACAUGGCAGAUGAAACUCAUGGUCCCAAUGGGAAUGCACAUGAAAUGGAUCCAAAUGAAGAGAGAUAUGCCAAGAGGCUAGCAAAAAUCAAGGGUAUUUUGUCUGGGGAGACAUCAAUACAGUUGUCGCUACAGUUCUUAUACAGCCAUAAUAAGUCAGAUCUUUUGAUACUGAAGACUAUAAAGCAAUCGGUCGAGAUGAGAAAUAGUGUUUGCCACAGUGCUACGAUCUAUGCUAAUGCAAUUAUGCAUGCUGGAACUACUGUGGACACGUUUCUCAGAGAGAAUCUGGACUGGCUGAGUAGAGCCACAAACUGGGCGAAAUUUAGUGCUACUGCUGGGCUUGGUGUCAUUCAUAGAGGCCACCUGCAGCAAGGGAGAUCACUUAUGGCACCUUACUUGCCUCAGGGUGGGGUUGGUAGUGGUGGUGGCGGUGGUAGUCCAUACUCAGAAGGUGGUGCACUUUAUGCUCUAGGUCUGAUCCAUGCCAACCAUGGUGAGGGCAUUAAACAAUUCCUUYGUGAUAGCCUGCGCAAUACCAAUGUGGAGGUGAUCCAACAUGGUGCAUGCUUAGGUCUUGGUUUGGCAGCUCUAGGAACAGCAGAUGAAGAUAUCUAUGAUGAUGUCAAGACUGUUCUUUAUAAUGACAGUGCUGUGGCUGGUGAAGCUGCAGGCAUAAGUAUGGGUUUACUCAUGGUUGGAACUGCAAGUGAGAAAGCAAGUGAGAUGCUUACAUAUGCACAUGAGACGCAGCAUGAGAAGAUUAUUAGGGGGCUGGCACUGGGAAUUGCUCUUACAGUGUAUGGAAGGGAGGAAGAAGCAGACACACUGAUUGAGCAAAUGAUUCGUGAUCAAGAUCCCAUACUGCGUUAUGGUGGAAUGUAUGCUUUGGCACUGGCUUAUAGGGGAACAGCUAAUAACAAGGCCAUCCGCCAGCUACUGCAUUUUGCUGUAUCGGAUGUUAGUGAUGAUGUAAGGAGGACUGCUGUUCUGGCCCUUGGUUUUGUUCUUUACUCUGAACCAGAACAGACUCCUCGAAUUGUUUCACUGCUUUCUGAGUCUUACAAUCCACACGUUCGAUAUGGUGCGGCAUUGGCAGUAGGAAUUUCCUGUGCGGGUACUGGUCUGAGUGAGGCCAUAUCUUUGCUAGAGCCGCUUACAUCAGAUGUUGUGGAUUUUGUUCGUCAGGGGGCCCUCAUCGCUAUGGCUAUGGUCAUGGUCCAGAUUAGUGAAGCUAGUGAUUCUCGCAUAGGAACAUUCAGGCGCCAACUAGAGAAAAUAAUUCUGGAUAAGCAUGAAGACACAAUGAGCAAGAUGGGAGCGAUCCUGGCUUCUGGAAUUCUUGAUGCUGGUGGAAGAAAUGUAACCAUCAGGCUGCUUUCUAAAACAAAGCAUGAUAAAAUCACUGCUGUUGUUGGACUUGCUGUCUUUAGUCAGUUUUGGUAUUGGUAUCCCCUUAUCUAUUUCAUCAGCCUUUCAUUCUCCCCCACGGCAUUUAUUGGACUUAAUUAUGAUCUGAAAGUUCCAAGGUUUGAGUUCUUGUCACAUGCAAAACCUUCCCUGUUUGAGUAUCCUCGACCAACUACUGUGCCCACCACAACUUCAUCCGUAAAACUUCCCACAGCAGUUCUGUCAACAUCUGCAAAAGCCAAAGCUAGGGCUAAGAAAGAGGCAGAUCAGAAGGCUAAUGCUGAAAAGUUAUCAGGGGAAGAAUCUGCCCCAGUUAGUACGAAUUUGGGAAAAGGCAAAUCAUCUAGUGAGAAGGAUGGGGACUCUAUGCAGGUUGAUAGCACAUCAGAAAAGAAAGCAGAGUCUGAGCCAGCUUUUGAAAUUUUGACAAACCCAGCCAGAGUGGUUCCUGGUCAGGAGAAGUUCAUCAGGUUCCUGGAGGAAAGCAGAUAUGUUCCUGUGAAGUUGGCCCCUUCAGGAUUCGUUCUUUUAAAGGACCAAAGGCCAACUGAACCAGAGGUACUCUCUCUCACCGACACACCUUCAUCUAUGGCAUCACCAGCUGCAGGAGGACCAGCGACAGGCCAGCAGGGGUCAGCAUCAGCAAUGGCUGUUGAUGAGGAACCUCAACCUCCUCAACCUUUCGAGUACACAACAUGAUUGUGGUCUUGGUUCAAGUACUUAAUUUGGGGAUUAAGGUCUUCCUGGUACUUGUCUGGACGAAGGAAGCUGCUUUUUGCGGAGAAGGGAAAUGUACUACUAUGUGCAGCUAUGCCAUUCUUUUCCUUAAUUGUCAUAAAAGGUGAGAAUGGCUCUUUUUAGACAGGAAUCUCGUAAGCUUCUCAUGUGAAGCCACUUGCCAUCUUGUUUUCAUUCUUAAGCUUAUGCCAAAGUGAGAGGUUCGGGGGAUCUGGAGUUUGUCUUUAUUAUGUUUCUGGGAUGUUUGSAUCUUCCCUGCUGAACUUGGACAUCAAGCUUUACAUUUGACCAAAGGUCCAAACUCCAAUCUGCCUGAGACAACGAGUAGCAACAUUUUCGUGUUGUAUUUCAUCCCGUUUUUAAACUAGAACGGUCAAAGAACUUAAUUCUCUGUUUGCUUUCAUCAAUCUUGCAAAGGAUCGCAAUUUAUUUUGAUUGUCAAAAGUCCCUAUUUAUUUCUCCUUUCCUUGGCUUCUUUUAUGGUCGUCUUUUUGAGCAUUUGUAAUGUCUAAUAAUGGUGUCUGGAGUGUUAAUAGUCUUUCUAUAUGCACCACAUUUCAGAUUUAGACUUCAGAGUUUGACUAAAAUAUGGUUGCAGAGCAAUUUUAUUCA